CAAACAACAACAGUCAAUCAAAUUCGGUCCGUGACUAGAGGAAUCUAGAAGCAACCGAUUGUGCUCUCUCAUCGUGCCUGGAAAACAGUUUUUUGCUUCUUUGCGUUUGGGUGAUGCAAUUUUUGGUGAUACAUCAAAUGUAGAUUCCUAUAAAACCAGUAGUUCUGUGUGCAAAACAGUUCAGUCUACCAAAAAGCGUGCUGCUUUUCAUCCAUCGAUUGAACACUUAAGUGAAGUGACUUUUAUUGAAUUCCCAGUUGGAGUUGAAGGAGGUGGCAAAGCAAUCCGGUUUUCAUUCUUCGACGAAAAAGCUCUGUUCAACAUUUCAUUGUGAAAGUUAAAAAAUAACCUUGCGACUGGUUUAUUUGCAUAUUAGCUCAGAGUGUUCAAAGAGCAUAAACUGUUAACUGUUUUCCGAAAAGAAGAUACAAAAACUUCCAUCACUAGUUCAAACCAGUUAAUUGCGUUCUACGAACAAAGAAGUCCACGAUGAGCGGUUUAAUUUCGUUGAAAAUAACUAUCGAGCAAGAAGCCAACUAUCUGUUGUUUGGUGACCGAAUUUGUCGCGAUGUAAAAGAAUUGAACGCAUUUUGUCUAAAUCGUUACCAAGAUUUGCAUAAGAAUGUAGAUGACUUCCGUUACUACUGGAUCGAUGACGAUGGAGAUGAGAUUCGCAUUACUACGGACGAGGACUACCAGAGCUUCUUGCAGGCGAUGGUCAAUGCCAAAGCUCGUCUUUUCGUCGUCGGCAAGAACACGCCACUGGUAGAAACGAGUAUUAGGGAAGAACCCGCUGUGCAUGCUGAGACCGGCGAUGCGCCGAUGCAAAAAGAUGCAACUAGUGACGAUGUUACGUCACGUCCGGUGCACCAACACACCAUUUGCGAUGUAUGCGAUGAGCUAAUCGUGGGCCACCGCUAUAAGUGCCUAACAUGCCAUGACUAUGACCUUUGCAUGAAUUGUGAGGCAAAGUUCCGCCACAAGGAUCACCUGAUGUUGCGUAUUCCGAAGCCGGCUAUGGUGAAUCGCUCGCAGUCAACGGUAUCCCGGAUGCUGGACAAGUUGCGCGUAUACUCGUCUCGUAUAACUAGCAACGUGGAAAAGGAAGCGGGGCUGGAUGCAGAGACUAACGGGUCGGCAGGCAAUGAAAACCCGGAAACUGCUGGCACCAGACGCGCAAAUGCACGCAGUGUAUAUCGCAGCAAGCACAGCGAGGAACGCCGUACAAACGAGACGUCAAAGUCUUCCCGUAGCGGAAAAUCGUGUGGCAAUGACCGUAAGCAACAUUCUUCUGCUGGUGGUGCCGAAACAUCCGGUGAGCGUUGUUCGAGAGAGACUAAGGAGAAACCAUCGGUUCCUUCCUUAUCGGAGAUGACACAGCGUUGCCGCGACAUGAUGUUUAUGUAUCUGAAUUCAGUCGAUGCGUUGGAUACCGAAGAGAAGUCGGUACCUUGGUCUACCAACGAUCAUGUAGCUGUAGCCAAUGUUGCUGCUGCAACGGCUAAUGCAGCCGCGGCCAGAGCUGCUGCCAUAGCUAGCAAGGUUAUGAACGCGAAAGUAGCACCGAAAAAUGAUAAACCCAGCCCAUCCCAGGAACCGGCACAGCCAUCGGUUGAUGCCAUGCAGCAAAUAUUGCGACAGACGUAUGCUCAGAAGCCUGUAGCUCCGGUUUCAUAUUUGCCGUUCGUCAAUCUGGGAUGGCCAUCACAAGAAAAGCUAAUGUCUGCAAGCGAGAACAUAUCGAAGUUGCUGGAUCCGCUUGGUUUAAGCUUCGAGUUACGCCAUAAGUCUGCGACCUCUCCGUCCACCGCUUCUGGUUGCAGUAAACCUCGAGGUUGUGCUGAAGACGGUGCUGUUCCAUCAACUUCAGCAGCCGUUGGUGAAACAACCUCGUCGAUACCGACAACAUCGACGGCAGAACCGACUGUUGUGCAACAGGAAAAGAAACAGGUUAAAAUUGUUGAACCAAAUAAAUCAACAUCAGUUGAGGAAACUUUCAGCACAGCGCCAGAGCUGCCAACCCUGGCAGUUCCGGUUUUUGAACAGUCGAACGAGAAAGACGCAGAAGCUGUAAAGGCAAGUGUGGACGAUAAAGCAGAGAUACCGCAAGCCAAAAAGACGACCUCUGCAAAGCUCGAAUCAGACUCUGUUUGUGAGAAGAAACCGGAAGCCGAGGCGGAGAACGAAGUGGUGGAUGAUGAAGACGAUUCCCAAAACACUUCAUCCGCAUCGUUGCUCACUGACGAUGACCAGGAUUUGCUUGAUGUAGCGGAAGAUGAGGAAAAAGGUUCCACCCCGUCCAAGCCAUCUGCUGAGAAGGCCUGGACAUUGAUCGAUCUACCGGAAGAACACGAUGAGGAAAGAAUUGCCAAUGCUCCGUUGGAUGCGAUUGCGAAGCUGAUCGGGCGCGAUGUGUCAUCUCCUGACAAGGAGCCGCUGCAAUCGAAAUCGAUUUCAGCUUCCAAGGAGAAGAAAAAGGACAGAACAACGGAUGAAAAGCAAAAGGAAUUAAAAAAAUCUGCGACCCCCGGCAAGUCGUCGGCUGAUCGUGAAAAUGAAUAUGAAAUGUUUCGUAAAAUGAUAACUGAACAAACCGGAAGAUCGGACCGCAGUGUGGAAGUAGACAAACCACAGUCACCAACUGUUGCUGCGAAGGAGGUGAAAGCUAUAUCUGCUUCUCCUCCCAAUUCCGGACCAUCUUCAUCUUCGUCCGGUUCUAGCAGUCGGUCGGGCAAGAGCUCGCGUAAAUCGAGCUCAUCCGCUCAGCAGAAGGAUUUUACUGUUUACAGUCAUCGUCCGCACGUCAACCAUGCCAUCCACACGAUGAUGACGAUGGGUUUCAGUAACCACAACGGUUGGUUGACCCAGCUGCUUGAAUCACUCAACGGAGACAUCCCGAAGGCACUCGAUCUGUUGCUGCAGCAUCGCCAUUAAACAUUUGGAUGGUGUGCGAUGAUGAAACGAUUUUAUUACAUACAACUUUCGAAUAUUUAACAGAGAAGAUGAAACAUAUCUUCGUUUUAUAGAUGUUAGCCCAAGAUGGAUGUGGGAUUUUCAGAAUUUAUUAACUACCAGUCAAUGUUACAAGUAGUUGAAAGCUAGCCAGUGACCACAUGAUCGUAUUCUCAUUGUCAAUUGAUUGCGCGGUUGGGAAAAUGAACGAGGAAAAAGAUCGUUGUUUGUUGUUAGUCCGUUCCCUCCGUUGCCAGCAUUCCAAAUAUUUGCUGUGUUGUAUGAGAUUGUCUAUCCGGCAGGUUUGAUGUAGAAAGUAUUAUAUGUUAGGCGUGUAUCACUCAGCAAAAUAGAAUGUGUAUGUAUCGCAGGAUCGGAGAAAGGCAUAUUUACACUUUAUCAACAUACACACCCCUAACAGAUGUGUUUACAUGUGUGUGAACCUUAUAUAUGCAGAUGUAUUAUGCUCACCACUCCAUCCCUUACGUACGAUAGGUGGUGGGAAAGAAAAUGCUUAUAACAAAUGAAAAAUAAAAUGUUUUCCGGCGACAGCCGAUAAACAAACAAAA